ACUCCAGUUCCCUGUUGGUGUGAGGUGGUACAGUGAAGGAACGAUGGCUGCCUGCAUCAGAGUAAUAUGGAGGAGAAUGACCACCUUGACAGUCGCUAUCCAUAAUGGGUCUGCUCUCCUGGACGCUUUCUUUGCCAAAACACACUAAUUCCCCUGUUUCGUCCCAUCUGUAGAGACCAAGUGUUGUGUUUGCAUCAGUCUGCUUGCUAGCUCCGCGCUAUGUUUCUACCCACAUCAACUCUCUUUAAUUGACCUGACCGAUAUCACUCAUAACAUGGCCAUCACACAGUUUCGCCUUUUUAAAAUAUGCACCUGCUUGGCAUCUAUUCUGUCAUUCUUGAAAAGACUGAUUUGUAGGGCUGGAAGGUCACGCAAGCUAAGCGGGGAUCAGAUCACCCUUCCGACCACAGUUGAUUAUUCCUCUGCAUCAAAACAGUUGGAGAUUGAGGAGUGGAGCUCAUGGGAUGAGGAAGCUCCCACCAGUAUCAGAAUUGAAGGUGGUAACGGGAUAGUUCCACCUCCACAGAAUGAAGCUGAAGAAGAAGAGCCAGACUACUUCAAAGACAUGGCUCCCACCAUCAGGAAAACACAAAAGAUUGUCUUGAAAAAAAGGGAACCUCUGAAUCUCUCUAUGCCAGACAGCUCUUCAGGUUUCUCCAGCCGACUAGCUGCCACUCAGGACAUGUCCUUCAUCCAGCCCUCUUCGGAGCUGGGGGACCUUGACACCUGGCAGGAGGACACCAAUGCCUGGGAGGAUGAGGCAGAUGCAGCCUGGGAGGCAGAGGAAGUGCUGAGGCAGCAGAAGCUGGCUGAGAGAGAGAGACGUGCCAUAGAGCAACAGAGGAAGAAAAUGGAGAAAGAGGCACAGAGAAUGAUGAAAAAAGAGCAGAAGAUUGCUGUCAAACUUUCAUAACAUUAAUACAGUGCACCGGACACUCAAAGCAACAGCCAAACAACUGUUCAUAUUACAUUUGACCUGGUUUUGUCCUGCCCCCACCAUACUACUGUCUUCACCUCUUUGGGAUAUUUUUUAGUCCAUCAGCCAUAUUAGGGAUUUUUUUAUGUUUAUUUCUUUGGGUUUUCGUUUUGUAUUGGACUGAACACAGCACAAAGAAUCUUCCCUUUUGUUUUUGAGGUAUUGUGACUGUUCUUACUGUGCGCUUGAUGAAAGAAAAAAUAUGUUUGUUUUUUUCUGUCAGUAUUUAUAACACUUGAAUGAUUUGUCCAGAACAACAUUUUUUUUUUUAUCAUGGGCUUAAUUGUGAAUAAUCCUUCAAGACCUUAUAUUUUAAUCUUGAUUUUUCCAAAGACAAAAAUUUGAGUCAAGGAAUUAAUAAUUGUCCGUGUGAAUGGAGAGCAGAGAUAUUCAGUAUGUACUGAGGCUCAAAGAAAGCGCUUUUAAGAGAUGUGGGUUGGUCAUCAUGGAAACGCUGAAAUUUUUUAAAUAUCCAAAUUGGCAACCAAACCAUCUUUUAUCUUUAGUAAGACUGUUUACUGAGGAGAGCAUUGACUAAGAGAAAAACAUUCACAAUUUAUUUUAAAGCAAUUUCACCAGGGGAACGACUUGUCUUUUGCUAUUAAAGAAUUGAUUUUCUCUUGAAUAUAAAUUGAUCAUGUUUAUUGAUAAAAUGAGGAUCAUGGUGGUGCUGAAAUUAACUUCUGCAUGCUGUGAUUAUUAAGGAACAUGAAGCCAUGAGAGCCACAGGUACAGAUAAUGAAAAACUGAAUAAAAUCACACCUUUUGCUGUGAUUUAUGUUUCCCGCUCAUGCCUUUUUAAGUUGUUUUUACCAUUUUUCACAGUGCAUCCUUAGCUGUAAUAAACAUUUCAGUUAUCUGUU